AUGGAGCCGAACUCACUGAAGUGGGUGGGCUCGUCUUGCGGUUUACAUGGACCAUAUAUAUUCUAUAAAGCCUUUAAAUUUAACCGGGACGGCAAACCGAGGAUUUUGUCUCUCGGAGACUUUUUCUUCGUCAGAUGUAAACCGGAGGAUCCUAUUUGCAUAGCGGAGCUUCAGCUGCUCUGGGAAGAAAGAACAAGCAAACAACUUUUAUCAAGCUCCAAACUUUAUUUUCUACCAGAGGAUACUCCCCAGGGACGGACAGUCACACAUGGAGAGCACGAGGUAAUUGCAGUGUCUGAGAAGGUGAUUGUGCGGCUGGAGGACCUGGUGAAGUGGACAGUACCCGACUUCUCAGGAUGGGUCCACGGUCUGAAGGCCGAGCCUCUCAAAGCCUCUGUUCUCCGAGAGCUGGGGACCAAUGGGAGGCGGGAGGCCCUUCACCGCUACAGAGAGAGCACCCUAACCAGCGGACUCAACUUCAAGGAUGUCCAGAGGGAGAGGGCGCAGCUAGGCCAGGAGGAGGAUGGAAGGAAGGUUUUGGUUCUCAGUUACCCCCAGUACUGCCGCUACCGCUCGGUUUUGGCGCGGCUCAGAGAGCAGCCGUCCUCUCUGUUCAUAGACCACACAGUGCUGGCGCUGGGCGGUAUCGCUGCAUUGGGAGGGAGCACGAAGAUCCUCUAUUGCCGGGACACCUUCGAAAAUCCCGUCCUGCUGCAGAACGAGAGCAUCUGUGACGAGUUUGCUCCCAACUUGAAGGGGCGACCUCGGAAGAAAAAGCUGUCCAUCUCUCAGAGGAGGGACUCCCCAGGUCAGGCUCAGGGUCAAGGGUCAUCAGGGUCAAGCCAGGCAUCAACAGCAGUGGCCGCACACGACCCCUGCAGCCCAGAGAGCAAAAGUCCCAAGGUCAAACCCAACUGUAAAGUGGUACCCAACGGAAAAAUAAUAUCAGCAGCCAAACACAAGGCCAACGGCCUCAGCAAGAAAUCCACAGCUGAGGAGAAGGAGAGAGGAAAGGACAAGGACAGGGAAAAGGAGGAGAGGAACGAGGAGGAGAGGAACGAGGAGGAAACAUCAGAGGAGACCAGAGCGGAGGAGCAAGCUUUCUUAGUGGAGCUCUACAAGUACAUGAAAGAAAGAGACACGCCCAUAGAGAGGAUCCCUUUCCUCGGCUUCAAACAGAUCAACCUUUGGACUAUGUUUCAAGCUGCUCAGAAACUCGGAGGAUAUGAGUUGAUCACAGUUCGUAGACAGUGGAAGCAUGUCUAUGAUGAAUUGGGCGGGAACCCCAGCAGCACAAGCGCCGCCACGUGUACACGGAGACACUAUGAGAGGCUCCUCCUUCCAUAUGAGAGGCACGUCAAGGGCGAGCAGGACAAACCCCUCCCCUUGGCCAAACCCAGGAAGGAGGGCGUCCAGGAGAAGGUGUCAGGGGCCAAAUCCAAAGGAGUCGGGGCCAAGAAAUUGAAAAUCCCCAACAAUCCCAAACAGGGGAACAGAAGGGACCGAGGGGAGACGGUGAAAGGCCAAGAACAAUCACAGGACUCCAAGGGGAAAGAGGAAAAUCAUGAGCUCUCUGCAGCCAUAAAGCACGAGGCGCUUCUAAGAGAUGAACCGAUUGUAAUAGAGGAGGAAGAGUUACAUCUUACCCUGAAGAAAGAGGAAUCAUUGGCAGAGGAGCAGCCAUCUUCACUCUGCCCCAAAGAGCCAGAAUGCAGGUCCCCACAUGCUGGUCUACCCCUCCACACAGGGGCCGGUCCCCAGACUGAAUGGAGGCAGAUCACAGAGGCCCUCCAAGUUAAACUUACACGUGAACAGCAAACUGAAGGGCAUUUCAUUCCUAAAAACGCCUACCUGCCUCACCGUUGGGAUCAUAAUAAACCUCCUGGACAUGUUGCCCUGCCUGAACCCACCUCCAGGGUCAAAGACUCCACAGACAGUCAUGGUGGGAGAGUGGGGAAGGUGUUACCUAUGUGUAAAACAGACAGACAGGCUAUAGACUUGAGCACAGAUUCCUUCUCAGAGAAAGAAGACUAUGGGGUCUUUAAGAAGGAGUCUAUCCAGUGCCCCGCACAGACGGUUGCUUACUGCAAAGCCAGUCAGGUCAUGUCUCCUUUGGCCAAAAAGAAGCUCCUCUCCCAAGUGUGCGAAUCCAACCCUUUCUCCUUUUCUUCUCCUUCUCUCCAGCCUCUGCAUCCCACAGUUGCUCCCUCUCUCCCUGCCAUAUCGGGGGCUGAAAGAGAGAUGAAGAGAAAGGGUGAGGAGGAGGUGGCAGGGCAGAGGCACGGGUGUGUGUCAGACAAUAUCCCGGAGGUAGCACCCAUAUUUAGGCCAUCAGUCAUCCAGCAUGCCCAGAGCAGCAAGCCUCACCAACAAGCCACCGGUGGCCUGUCGGAGAGGAGCGCUGCAGGGGACAUUUCAGAGACUUACAGCUGCCGGACGAGCCACCACCUCCAGCCACAGGUCAAUCCACCGUGGCAACCCUAUCUCCCCCGAACCCAUACCCAGGAGGGUGCAGAGAAUGCUGGAGAGAAGCUACUCCAGGGCCCAGCCACUCAGACUCGGAGCUAUGCAGGUGACUGCUACUCCUCCCCACACCUCCACAGCCUGUACAGGCAAACUGAGAGCUGCCUGAGCCAGGAGAGGAUGGCUGGCUUCCCCAACGGAGAGCAGAGAGAGCACUACACCAGGGACCGAGAAGGCAGCCAGGGCUUUGUUUGUGGCAGCCUGGAGCAAGAGGGCUUAGCCUACAGAUCUCACUACAGUGACAGGACUCAAACACACAGAGAUAGCAGAGAGGCAGAAGAUGAGCCCAGAGAUUUCACAAUUUCUAAACCUGUCUCUCAGAGGGUGCCUACCUUCUCCAAGCCCUCCUUCUGCAAUCUUGCAUAUCCCAUCAUGCACCAGGGGUUGGAUUCACACCCUAAGGCGUGCAGAGUUCCUCCUAUGACCAUUUCUCCUCCCAAACAGAGCCCAGCAGAAUCAUCGCAGCAAUUUCCCAGCCCCAAAGCUUCGUCGGAUGCAUCCCUCAGCAGCCCCAUCCGACCCAGUAAACGGAGCUUACUGGAACCCGAGAACGACGAAGUCCCAGAGAGGAAAGUACGUGUGGUGACACCAAUCCACCCUGCGUGCGCUAUCCGACGCAGCGACCCAGAGGAGCUCAAACCAGCCGAGCCGGCCCACGCCGUUCACCUGAACAACCAUCUCCCUGAGGGCCAUCCCACAACGACCUUCCCCCCACACCAUGCCGCACCCCUCUACCCUGGCAUGUACCCACACGGCAGCCUGGUAUCGCAGGACGGGCUCCAGCAGCACCCAGGUCUGCAGUACCUAAAGAGCCAGUCUGCAGUGUCUCCCCUCGUGCCCCCCUUAGCCUUCCACUCCAUGAUGCUCCACAGGCAGCUGCUGGCCUCCAGCCCCAGCCCGCACCACUUCUACAGGCAUCCAGGUGGGGCAGCACUGUACGGGGACCUGUUGCACCACUUGUACCCUCUCUCCACCCUCCCACCACAGCUUUCCUCGGUACACCCCAGCACCAGACUGUGAGGGAGAGAUGACAGUUAGUUUGUCUCUCUCCCUCUCCAUCCUCAGAAACUUUUUCAGCUUCUCUCUGUCUGUCUUUCUGUCUCUCUUGCUCGGGGAUUGUGGCUCAGUCGAAAGAAAACACUGAUUAUAAAACUUAGGCUGAUUACAGACUGAUAAACUCAUCAGUGAGGCAGACUGAAAAUUCCAUUUUCUUUUUUUAAAAAUGUGUUUAUGCAUUUGUUUAUAUACUUUGCACUGUUCUGUAUUUUUUUUAUUACCACUUACUGUAUCUUUUAUGUUGUUGUUGUAUCCUUAUUUGCACAAUGCUGAUGUGUAUGUGCUCACAAAUCAGUUUGCCGCUCUCAGUCACCAUGAGUCAGGUUGUUGCUCUGGACAUGUGAAAAGUGGAGGGCAACAGAGAAAAGCCAUUUGUUUACUGCGUCUGAGGGCUAAACUUUGUUGCUUAAAAACACUACAAGUAACAUGACAACGUAAAUGAAAUUCUUUAUAUAACCAGAGGUGCGUUCAUCAUUGCAAACAAUGUUUCAACAGCUGUUUAGCGCAUUAUUACACUUUGGGCAGCCAGUGGUGUUGUAUCUGUUUACAUGUCUCCAUGCUGAGAGCUGUUGCCUGUUUGUGCCACAGUAAAUCCACCUGGAUUCUUUGGAAUAGACAUUAACACUCACUGCGGUGCUGCAUAAUAUGACAUUGUUUCAUCAUGACAUUCAGAGGUGCUGUGUAUGACAGAUGUACUGUAGACUCACUUUCUACUCAGUUCAGGUUUUUACUCAUUUAUUUCACUUCAGAUACAACACAAGCAGUUGAUCCUCAAUCUGUUGACAAAUCGCGAAUGUUCCAUUUGUUAGAGUUAAUGAAAAGCCGUUUUCAUUUUUGCUUUCUGAAUUGAAAGUAAAUUGACCCCAAACCCCAUGUGACAAGUAGACUGUAGCAGCUUGUUUUUGUCUGUAGGACCAGCGUAAUGAAGCAGCCGUCUGCUGUGGAAUGCUUCACCGCAAGAAAUCAGCAUUUCAUCUUUUUGUUCUUGACUUGAAAAGCUCUUGUUUUGAUGAAAAGACUCUUUUAUUCGACCCGCUGAAAAGACUCACUGUAUGAUUUAAUAGGAAUGUUGUCACUUAGGAUAUUAUUGCUUUGCAAAUAUCUGUGCCUUUUCGCAGUCUUGAAUUAGAGUUAGCACUACAGUUAUUAAGGUUUAUCUUCUGUAGCAGGGUAGAAAUAUCAAUAUUAUUGUCACUCUCGUCUCAUAAGCAGUGCACAGCAGACACUCAUUCAAAAACCAUAUGGCACAGACACCAGACUUGAUUGGUAAGGCACUAAAUUUAAAGUUUUUAAACAGUUACGCUUGAACCUAAACAUUAGUAUUUGUGCUUAAAUAAAAUUGAUUUACUUAGUUUAACUGUGUCAGACAGUCUGUCAUAGAAGAACAUGAGAAGAUUUACAGGUAGUUGAUAUUGACACAGGUCUGGUGUCUCAUCCGCAGGGCAUGUGUGCUAUGUGUGUUUUUCUAACAGUGAUGAAAAGGUACCAGACUCCAUAAAGUAUGCCUACCAUGCUCCGUAGCCCGAGGUGGAAAGACAACACCUGCUCUGGCUUUUACAACCACUAUAAUUGCAAUCCAGGAUAGUCGAAAUACACAGUGAACAUGUCUGGUGUUUCAAAAAGAAGAAGAAAAAAAAGCUGUAAACUUCGAUGUGUAAAGUUUUACUGAUUACUUAGAUAAAGACAUUAAUUUCUGAUUAAGUACUGUACAUUGCUGUGUGUAGGUAAAACUGGCAUUAGUGCUGGCCUCCUAUACAGAACAUUCAUACGGGAUCAAUUUCAUGGCAAACCCUCUCUAUCUCUUUGUCUUAUUUUCGGUGUAAAUAGCACUUGUAGAUAGUACCGCGUGGUUGUUAUCCAUAUAAACUGUUAUAAUCUGUAAAUAGUAUUAAAAAAAACAGUAUAAAAGACGGUUACACAAUCUAGCGGUGUCCUUGUUUGCUCUGUUUCAAGGUUACCGUGAUCACGUUAGAUCUAAACAAACACUACACUAAGAAUUAGGAUACUCUUUUUAUUUGUUGUCGUUUCACGUUCUCUUCUUUUUUUCCACGUUGUUUCCAUUAAUGUGCAUCCUGAAAGUGUUUUUGAUACCGUAGCCAUCUGUUUACCAAUCAUCCAGCUGGCGAGCAAGACAAAAAAUAAAAUACAUUUUGUAUGAUAUGACCUCCUGUAUAUUUAAUUAAAAUAUUUUACUAUCUA